UCCUAGUAUGCUGAUUUAAUAGUUCAGACCUGGGGGCUGGAGAGAUAGCUCAGCAGUUAAGAGCCCUGGCUACUCUUCCAGAGAAACCUAGGUUCAAGUCUCCAGCACCUACGUACCAACUUACAAAUGUCUGGAACCCCAGUUUCAGGGGGCCUGUGGGCCCUGCAUGCGCACGGUGCAUGGUUCUACAUGCAGGCAAAGCACACACAAAAUAAAAGCCUUUGAGAGUACAGAAUGGCCACAUAUCUUCACCCCAUCUUUUCCACCAGGCUUCCUCUUUCCAGGACACUACAAUGGCCUCUUAUGUGUGUGUGUAGAAUGCUGAGCCACCCAGAAACACACAGCAAACCAAGAAAGGCAGCCCAGUGCCCUGCAGCCCAGUGCCCUGCAGCCCAAUGCCCUGCAGCUCCGUUAAGCUGGAGGCUGAAGGCGGUCUUAAGUCAUUACAGCUCUUACCCCCAGUGGAUUGCUUUGGUUUCCCCUAGAACCAGCUUGAGGGAGAGCAGGUGCGAAGGCAGCCUGGGGCAAUGGCCCAGCUUUAGAACAUGGCUAAUAAGUGCCAGCACCAGGUCCCUGCUCCCCUAGUUCAUGGGGCAGAGGCAGCCAGUCCCACUUGUCUUUGUGUCUUGGGUCCUACAGUUCAGAGGACAGAGCUCCUCAGAUCCUGUCUGUGCUCAUUUAUGAGUACUCAGAGCUGGCUUACCUCUGUGAGUCGCCUGCAGCUGGUCUCACACUUUUGCUGGGCUGGGGAGGGGGCAGGGGGAUGACCCUGAAGACACCCUGAAGACCUGCCUGGAACACCUUGUACAUCCUGCCAAGGACUUGAUCUGCAAUUGAAAGUUGUUGGAAAUCUGGGCAAGAAGAGGUGGUGACUGUGUGCCACCUGGACAGUGGGGGCAACUGCUGUAACUACUCUGGUUCUGCUGGGCACCCUAACUAUGACCUCCCCUCUCUGAAUCCCAAGAGUUCAAGCAGGUGACCUCACAUGGCUUUGGGAUGUUCAUGUUGCAAAUUUUGGGUAGUGCCUUGGCAGGUGAACUUUUGUACCUGGCAGAGCUGUCCUACAGACUCUUAGGAGAGACUCGUGGGUGCUCCCCUUAGACAGUGGAAGGGAUGUUCAUCAGAUGCAGGCUCAAAGUGGUAUGGCCUCUGCCUGAAUCCCCUCUUUGGGGUGUCCAUUGUGAGCAGGCUUCUGGGGAGCGUGUGGCAGCAGCUCCACUCCUCAGCUCCUUCUGCCACUGGCUUUGCUCUGGAAGGAGCUGAUGAACAAGGGUGUGGAGGUGGCUAGAAUUAGAGGGUGACAACUGUGUAUGUGAGGUGACAUCUGAGUGGUGUGUGUGCGUGUGUAUGUAUGGUGUAUGUGUAUGUGCGUAUGUUUGUGCAUGUGAGGUGACAUCUAAGUGGUAUGUGCAUGUGCGUGUGUGUGCGUGUAUGGUGUAUGUGUGUGCAUGUGUGCAUAUGUGUGUGCGUGUGAGAGGUGACAUCUGAGUGAUGUGUGUGCAUGUAUGUGUGCGUGUAUGGUGUAUGUGUGUGUGUGUGCGUGUGUGAGGUGACAUCUGAGUGAUGUGUGUGCUUGUGUGCAUGUGUGUGUGUGUGUGUGUGUGUGAGUGUGUGUCUGAGGUGACAUCUGAGUGCCCCCUAGAGGUAAGUCCACCUCUCUGCUCUGCUGCUGCAAUGGCCUGGCACUGCCAUCGGAUUUGUGCCCCAGCAUGCACUGGCCCACAUGCUUCACAUCACCGCACUUCUGAUAUUCUGCCCAUUUGCCUGUUUCCUCUAAUCUGGUCACUACAAUUACUUGUAAGUUGCUUCUGGAGCCGCCCCGUUAUACACCAGUGUGGCUGCUGAGCAGUGACUGUUGGGCUGAUGCCCCACAGCUAGGGACCCCAGAUAUGAAGAACCCACUGGUUUUCCAGGAGAAGGAUGCUCUGUGUGCGCUGAUGCCCAGGUCCCUCUCUCCGGCAUCCAUGAAGACUGGCUAUGGCCUGUCUGAAAGGUUAUCUAUCGGCUUUCUUGGAAAGUAGUUUAAGUUCAGGGAGGGCUUAGGGAAAGCAACUCCUAAAUUCCAGGAGAUUCUAGACUGAGAUACAAGGCAAUAUGGGGCUUGGUGAGCUUAAAUGGGAGGGGAGAGCUGGCUGCCAUGCUCUUUAUGAGGUCAGCCUGGCUCCGUCUCAUUAUCCCUCUCAGUAUUCCCCCUCUCUUUGCCUUUCCCAAGCUCCCACCCCCAGCUUUCCUGAGCCCUCCCUUCCCUGGGAUGCUGCCCCUAGGCCUAUGGCUCUAGCUGGUCCUCUUGCUGACCUGCUGGCAACACAGAGAUGCACAUGGCUUGGGAUAAGCCUGGAGCUAGGGAUCAAAGUCACUGGGCUCAGAGACUGCUAGGGACCGCAGGAAGGGAACUGUGUCAGCUGAAUAAUGGGUAAGUUGGCUAGUAGGGUGGGCAUUUCUAUACAGAGGGUCCUCACAAAGACUUUCACACAGAAGCAACCCUGUCCCUCUUAAGUGGUGGAGCUAAAGGAGAGGCUGGGCACACGGUCAGGAGAGAGGAAAAGGACAGAGGCUGGGCGAAUCUGGCGUGGAGAGCAAGAGAAUGAGUCACUAACCAUGUCUGGAGGGUCAGGGAUCUCAGGGGUUGGGGCACCUGGGAAGUUGGGCCUGGUCCAUGGAAGUAUUCCUACUUUGGCUUCUGUGGGGCCUGCUGAGAAGGCUGGGGUGGAAGAAGGUAGACUGUGGGGAGACUCAGUUGCCUCCCAACUUAGUUUCUUUCAGCUCUAUCACACCUGAUCCCCACCAUACCUGUCGUCCCUGUGGGCUGGUGGCCUUCAACAUUCAAGCUACAGCAAAAGCUGGGUCCUGAUCCUAUGGACCUUCUGAUCUAGCGGACAAGCCGGACAAAGUUGCUCACCAUGACCCCCGUCUCUAACCCUGAGAGGAAACCCAACGAUCCUCUGUUCCCUACUCACACUCCUGUUGCCAGACUAUGGAGACUUGGCAAUCUGGUGCUCAGCCUCCUCUGGCUUUGGAGACCACUCCUGUGAGGAGGACAAGGUGUGUGGCUCGGGGCUCAUGGAGACGACUUUCUGUGUGCUCUUCCCAAGGCCUGAGAGCCUGCCAUCUGCCUGAAGCCACUUGGUUCAGCAGCAGCAACAGCCCAGAGGAUGCCUUUCCCCAGCUCUUGUCUUCUGCUCCCCAGGACCCGCCUAAGAGGCUCUUGAGGUGUCUCUGAGAUUGACGCCUACCUCAACCCUGCUCCCAGCCCUCCCCCCUCUGGGCCUGGGCUUUGGCAUCUGCUUUAUCAGAAUUCUCAAGAGGGACAGCUGGUUUGUGUUCCCAGCAUAUCUGCUCUGGUUUUAAAUAGCUUAUGUGGGCAGCUGCAGGACCACAUGAGCUUAUAUGGCGUGGGGUACUUGUUCCUUUAGCCCUGUGCCUGGCACCUGCCAAAAUAGCAGCCAACACCCCCCAUUGUGUCGUCCCCCCCAUCUCCUGCUGCACAUUCCUCCCACCGCAGGGCUUGGCUCCCAAGGCCCCAGCCCACAUGCCUGCUUAAAGCCCUCUCCAUGCCCUGCCCUCGGCCAGUCCCUGCCGAGGCCAAGCAGACACCUCAGGACCCGUGUGCAGUCCCUGUUCAGAGAGCCAUGUCUGACGCGGAGGAGGUGGUGGAGGAGUACGAGGAAGAACAGGAAGAAGCUGUAGAAGAGGAAGACUGGAGUGAAGACGAAGACGAGCAAGAAGAGGCAGUGGAGGAGGAGGAUGGCGGGGCCGAGGCUGAGCCUGAGGGUGAGGCGGAGACAGAGGAGACCAAAGCAGAAGAGGUUGACCUGGAUGAAGAAGCCAAAGAUGCUGAAGAUGGUCCAGCUGAGGAGUCCAAACCCAAGCCCAGCAGGCUCUUCAUGCCGAACUUGGUACCACCCAAGAUCCCUGACGGAGAGAGAGUGGACUUUGAUGACAUCCAUAGGAAACGCAUGGAGAAGGACCUAAACGAGCUGCAGACACUGAUCGAGGCUCACUUCGAGAACAGAAAGAAGGAGGAGGAGGAGCUAAUCUCUCUCAAAGACAGGAUCGAAAAGCGACGGGCAGAGCGGGCCGAGCAGCAGCGCAUUCGUAAUGAGCGGGAGAAGGAACGGCAGAACCGCCUGGCUGAAGAGCGGGCCCGGCGUGAGGAGGAGGAGAACAGGAGGAAGGCCGAGGAUGAGGCCCGGAAGAAGAAAGCUCUGUCUAACAUGAUGCAUUUUGGAGGGUACAUCCAGAAGACAGAGCGCAAGAGUGGGAAGAGGCAGACCGAGCGAGAGAAGAAGAAGAAGAUCCUGGCUGAGAGGAGGAAGGUGUUGGCCAUUGACCACCUGAAUGAAGACCAGCUGAGAGAGAAGGCCAAAGAGCUAUGGCAGAGCAUUCACAACCUGGAGGCGGAGAAGUUCGACCUGCAGGAGAAGUUCAAGCAGCAGAAAUACGAAAUCAAUGUUCUGCGAAACAGGAUCAACGACAACCAGAAAGUCUCCAAAACUCGUGGGAAGGCCAAAGUCACCGGGCGCUGGAAGUAGAGACAGCACUGCUCUAGCCAAAGCUCUGACCCUUGCCUGUGUCCCUGCCCUGAGCAUCUCAGCUCAGGUCCUCCUGGGCACCCAAUGCAGACUCCUGUCUUGAGAGUGAGAGCUGGACCAGCUAGAAGCCAGUCCUCUUCCUGACCCCUAUGCCCAUACCACUCCAGGAAUAAAAGGCCAGCACACUACA